AAUCCUCUGAGUAAGACUUUGGAGUCAACUAAAAUAGCAAUAGAUACUGGGUUCCGCCAUAUUGAUUCUGCUUACGUGUACCAAAAUGAAAAGGAGAUAGGACACGCUAUUCGAAGCAAGAUUGCAGAUGGUGUUGUGAGGAGAGAAGACAUAUUUCUUACUACAAAGCUUUGGUGUACAUUCCACCGACCAGAAUUGGUUGACAUUGGCUUAGAGAGAUCACUGAAAAACUUUCAACUAGAUUAUGUUGACCUCUUUCUUAUUCAUUACCCAGUGUCAAUUAAGCCAUCAGAGGUAUUAUAUACAAAAGAUGGAAAUGGAAAAAUAUUCUUUGAGACAAUAGAUCUUUGUGCUACAUGGGAGGCCAUGGAGAAAUGUAAGGAUGCAGGACUGGCCAAG